AUGGAGCCUCUCACCACCUCUGAAUACUACGUCAUCACGACAUGUCACGUCUGUCACGUCGAUACCCACACCCAUGUGGCCCAUCAUGUCCACUCUGUCACUAACAUGUACUCGUCUCACAGACGCCACACCAUAUGGGCUUCACCACUCUGGCUUUUCAUCUUGCAUCUCUGUUGCCCAUUGUGA